UAUACAGCCAAUAUAAUGUAUACGUUUGUGGUUUUAGUGAUUUUUAGACCCUUCUUCUCAAUUCCGCAGAUCUUAAAGCUCCUCCAUGGUAAGAUUGUCAUCGGCCACGCCAUACAGAACGACUACAGGGCGCUGGGCUACUUCCACCCUAAGGAGAUGACGCGGGACACGUCCAAGAUCCCCCUGCUGAACCGCAAGGCUGGCAUCCCGGAUAACCAGACGGCGUCCCUGAAGACUCUGUCCAAACAGGUUCUCCACAAAGAGAUCCAGAUGGGAAGAGGCGGCCAUUCCUCUGUAGAAGAUGCCAAGGCCACAAUGGAGCUGUACCGGGCGGUGGAGGCGGAGUACGAGCGGGAGCUGGCAGCGGGCACAGUCCAACCAUGACGUGAAAUCACAACCCUAGUGAAUUUUAUCAGGUGUAUUUUUUUUAUACAACGUCAAGGUUUAUGAGAAUAAAAUCAGUGCCGUCUCUU